AUGACUGAUGAAAAUGGAACAAAUAUUAAUGGUGAAAUGGAUAAUUCUUCUCAAGUACCAUUAAAAAUGAUAUUAGAAACAAGUAAUAAUUCAACAAUUGAACGUAAUGUUUAUAAUAUUUUACGUAAGAAUUUUCUCGAACAACGUUCAAUAACAUGGAAACCAAUUAAAGUUGAAUUAAUUGUUAAUACACAAUUAACCGAUGAAUUUUUUGCUAUACGAAAAAAAUUUGAAAAAGCUGCUGCUGGUAAUCGUUGUGAAUUCGAUGAACGCUAUGCUUUUUUAAUAGAAAAUGAUACACAAGUACUUGAUAUAUGUCAAAAUGGUUAUCAUUGUACGGAAACAUCAUUCAAUGUUCUAGGACAUAGCAAAUAUGGUAUAUACGUUUGCAGAUAUGCUGAUGUAUGUAUUCGACAUGCGAGUGUUCGACGAACAUGGGAAGGUAAUGUGGUUAUUAAAAUGAUUAUGUUCAAGAUUGUUGAAGGAAAACAAACAGCAGCUCUUGUUCGAAAAGGACCAAAAUUACAACCGAUUGCACCUACAGCUCAAUUUACUAGUCAUUGUUCAGUCAUUACACCAAAAGAAACGGAUGAUCUUGAAAAACAAUUUGAUCAAUCACAGAUAUUUCUUUAUGAAUUUGAAGGUCGAGAAACAAUUAAACGACCACAUCAUUGUUUACCAUAUGCUAUUAUUAGUCUGAUACAAGAUGGAAGUCAAUGGCCAGCCAAUUUUGAGGAUUUAGAUUCAGAACCAGACGUAUUAGAAACAGAUACAUUACGAGUUAUUGGACAAACUAAUGAUCCAUUAUUGCAAAAUAAAUUAAAAGAAAAUAUUGAAUUAGCUGAAGCAGCUACACGUGCUCUUGAACAUAUUUAUGAAGAAGAACCACCUCCACCACCACCGCCAGCACCAAUCAUUGAGCAAGUAUCUUCACCAAAAAUAGAUUCAGAAACAAUUUCUACAACAACUAUAUCUGACUCUACAUCUACUCCUGUUAUGAAUGGAACAGGACCAGCAGCACCAUCACCAAUAGUAUCUAAUGAUGAUCCAUCAAUAGCAUCAUCACCUAAUAAUGGAGUUUCCAUAAAUAAUAAUGAAGUUCUAGUAAAUUCUACAAUACCACCUCCACCACCACCACCUCCUUCAACAUCAUCGGAUUCAACAAGUCCACAUACUGUAACUCCGGCUACAGCUGUAGCUACUACUCUACCAUUAGCACAUUCAGCAGCAGCUAUUCAAGCUGCUUAUCGACAAACUAGUCUUCUUGGUGCACUACCAGCUGCAACAGCAAUUCGAACACCAUCAGGUGCUCUCUAUGCCACAACAGGUGGUCUUACUAAUGGUCUUACUGGACAAGUUAUGUACGGAGGUAUUUCUUUAGAUGCGCUUCGUGGUUAUCAAACAGCAGCUGCAAAUAGUCAAUUUGCAUUUGCUACACAUGCUGGUCAAACUAUACAACAACCAGCACUUUAUGCUGCUCAAUUACAAGCCAUAGCUCAACAACAGCAAUUAGCUGCUGUUGCAGCACAACAGCAACAGCAACAACAACAACAACAGAAUUUAAUCAAUAGUAUUCCUGCUGGUUAUACACUUGUAAGAACAGCUGGUGGUGGUUAUGCUUUACUUGCUCAAAGUCCAGCAGCUACUAAUGCAGCAAUGCAAUCACAAGCACAAGCACAACUUGCUCAACAACAACAACAACAGCAACAGCAAUAUAUUUCUUUCAAUGCAGCAGGUCAACCAACAGCUACUACAGCACGUCUUCCUAUUGGUAUGGUUGGUGGACAACAACAACAACAACAAGUCGUUUAUCAAUAUGCUGGACAACCAACUAUACAAGCAGGUCCAACACAAUAUAUUCAAUUACCAGCUAAUUAUGCACAACAACAAGGAUUAUCAACAAGUCCUGUUAUGCAAACACCAAAUUCAUCUACUCAACAAGCUUAUAUAAGUCAACCACCAACUCAUUACAUUAGUGCAUCACAAUCAGCUAAUGCUAAUAAUUCAAAUGGUUCUUCAGCAAACUCACCUUCUGUUGUUUCAUCAUCAUCAGUAGUUCAAUCACAGCCAACAUCAUCAAUCAUUUCACCACAAAAACAAAGUGCUGCUUCAGCUACAGCUGCUGCUAUUCAACAACAACAACAAUAUCAACAUGCAUAUCAUUCACAACAGCAACAAGCACAACAACAAGCACAGCAACAGCAAUCAGCUAAUGGUGUUUCUGCUAAUAAUAAUCUCUAUUAUACCGCAAUGGCACAAGCACAAGCACAACAACAGCAACAACUUAAUUUAUUAUCUCAGAUGCAAUAUGGUCAACAAGGUAUUCCACAACAAAUGUUUUAUACAACAACUGGUGGUCAAGCUAUUUAUCAAGCUGGUGGACAAAGUUAUAUUCUUGCUCAAGCUGCUCCUGCAUCAGGAUCAGCUACUACUACUGGAGCUCCAGUUAUGUAUUCAGCAGGUGCUGCACUUCACAAUGGUACAGCACAACAACAUCCAUCACAAUCUCAACAACAAAUAGCCUAUCAAAUUGCUGCUAGUGGUCAACCAACUGGUGCAACUUAUCAAAUGAUUAAUACAGCAUCAAAUUCAAAUGUUACUGCACAACAACAAUCAACAGCAGGUGCUGGUGUUGUUGCACAACAACCUGCUCAACUUGUGCAACGUUCAAAUAUAAUACCACAAGUCAGACAUCAUCCAUAUCGAAGUUAA